AGCCACUAGACAGACGGGGAGGACCGAAGGAAGAGGGACAAGACCUGAAGGCAGAAUUGAAGAUCUGAAGGCAGAAUCGGAAUUGGAAACCCCAGUAAAACCUGCAUUUGUAUAAAUUCUUCUUAUUCCAUGAUUCUUUCUCAGGAGUCCCCACAUUGCCUCUGCUCUUGGAGCAGGGACAUUUAGGAAGGAACAGCAUAGAGGAUCAACCUCACCAGUGUGUUGGGUUCCUGUUGUCUGGUCACAUGUCUACUAUGAGAUCAUAACGCCAGUCUUCUUUUCUUGGUCCCGUUGGGGACUCAAGUUAAACUAUACUUUCCUAAUGCAGAAUGAGGUCGAGAAUAUCUUCGCAGGUCUACCAGGAACUACAACUGCGCUGUCAGUCACUUUCUGCCAGUAACAACAAUGGCUUUAGGCAGGAGUUUGAGUCACUCAAUGAUGUUGGGAAAGAGUUCCCUACCAGGACAGGAGAUCUGGAGGCCAACAGAGAGAAGAACAGAUACCCUGCCAUAUUGCCUUAUGACCACUGCCGGGUGAGGCUGUCACUUCAAGAUUCCCAGCACUCCGAUUAUAUCAAUGCUAGUUUUGUCCCUGGUGGAUGUUCGGAGAGAGACUUUGUCUGUACCCAGGGGCCUUUGUGUAACACCAUAGCUGAUUUCUGGAGGAUGGUGUGGGAGCAAAACGUCAGAGUAAUCGUCAUGGUGACUGCUCUAAAACAUAACAGCAUGGUGUUGUGUGACCAGUACUGGCCUCUGGAGCAAGGGACAGCCUGUUUUGGAUUAUUCCAAGUGAGCACAUUGGAACGUAAACGCGGUCCAGAUUAUUUUAUCACCACCAUUCACCUGCGACAUUGGGGCUGUCCAGCAGAGCGGGUAAUCACACACUAUUACUAUCCUGUCUGGCCGGAUCAUGGGGUGCCCAAAGAUGCCUCUUCUCUCUGUGUCUUCACUGAGCACGUGCGGCAGCAUCUCGACGCCUUGCCACGUCUGGGGCCAGCUGUGGUGCACUGCAGCGCAGGUGUGGGCCGGUCGGGAACGUUUGUGUCGCUACUCUGGUUGCUGCAGCUGUGUGUGCGAGGGAUCAAGCCUGACGUACGGGCAGCUGUGGAGGACCUGAGGAAACACCGGGUCUUGAUGGUCCAGAAUCUGGAGCAAUAUAUAUUCGUUCAUCAGUGUCUGCUGCAUUGGUUGAGUGUAAGAACUACAGGACUUAACAGCAGUGUUCAGCAGAGACGGAGUGUUCCUGUCCCUGCUGUGCGGGCCCAGGAACGCCCUCACAGCUCCUCGGUGCGCUCGCGUCAUGGUCACAGGUUGAGGCAGAGAGGGAACUGGGAGCCAAACGCACCUCACCCUGCCCCAACACAGAGCACCAUGCACAACCUGCUGAGAAGACUGUUGCCCUCCUCAAUGACGACCAAUCUACACUCCCACAAAUAAUGAAGGGUGUUUCCACACAGACACCCAUCAGACCUCACACACAAUUCACACCUCCCUCAUUACACCUUAAUCUGCUCUCUGUUUGACAUUAAUGAACACACACAUUGGGGAUGUGUAUGUAGAGUACUGCAUGCCGUUGAAUAACAGAGGACUUGGCUGAGGGGCAACACCUUCCUGUGUGUCAUGAGAGACAAUAGAGACUGCAGCAGUAUUACAAACUGUUCCCUGGCUCAGGCCCUGAGGGAGAGAACCUGCUCACCCAGUUCUUCCUGAUCCACCACACUGGAUUGCCAAGUAUGAGAAACGUGGGAAUAUCAGUUUUAUUCAAAAACGUUCCGUGUUAUGUUGAACAAACAAUGGUUCCAAAGUAGGAUUUCUGAAUAGCACUAGAGCUAAAUUACACUCUUCAUGCCCAGUAUGUUUAAAAUAGCAUGGAAACGUAUUCACGACGGUUGUCAGUGUGUGGUACUUAUUGUGGAUGCCUCUGAUGUGUUUGAAAAAGUGAGUGUUUGUUCAACUUCAUAUAUUUUGUAUAAUAAGUAUUAUAUAUUAUGCACAUCUG